AUGCGUGACACUAUCGCGUUCAUAUCCAGCCAGAGCGACCCAGUCACUAUCAAUGACAACGUCCACUUCUUCUUCGGUCCUGACAUCGCAUUCACAUGCUGGGCAAAGAUGGGGUUGUAUGAUGCCGAGUUUGAUGGCGUCAAGCCCCGGUACGCUAAGAUCCCUCGUGUUCAAUGCAUGGACGGGUUCGUCCCCAUCACGGAGGCACUUGAAGGAGGAGAUGGACUGGAUGUCCUCGUGUGCUUAGAAACAACAACGAUGGGGAAGUUGAAGACACUGUAUGCCAAUUUUGACUGCCUUCUUGAUUAG